GACCUAUCGUCGUGACGCAUUUGACCACGUCGACGCACUCCGGAUCCGACAGCGCGGGGCCAUGAGAGGGUCCGGUCGGGCUAUGCGAUUCCCUCGCGAUCGGCUAUUCCGGGCCUCUCGAUGCACUCGUGGCGCCGGCGACGUUCUUUGGAUUUGACGUCAGUGUACCACAAGCGCGGAUUCAUGCCUCGCAUUCAUCGGCAUUUCUAUCAUGGAUGAACGGCUCGCUCGUUUCAUGAUAACGCAUAAAUAUGUAUGUAGUAUGUAUGUAAAUCGAACUGGAAAUCGUUUGGGGUUGGCGGGCGCCAAAUGGCGGUGACGAUGUGGUCGAACGUCUCUGGCCAGCUGAAGGGAUCCAACGCUCCACUUUGCCGCCUCAUCCCCGGGUGGUCGUCUAGGUCGCCCUAGCCCCCCUGGGUCUUUCUGGGCUGACACCUGUACCGUUGGACUAGGAUACCGGCGCUUGGUGGAGCCUCAUCUUUGGCCGUAGCCAUUAACAACCACAGAGGGUGCAUAUCUGGGUGGAGUUGAUGGAGUUGGGCAGCAUCACCGACUCGCCAGUCCGACAAAUAAUAAGGGGUUGCAUUGAUCACUUACACGGACUAAGCAACUCUAGCGAGAAUUCCCCCUCCCUCAACCGCUCCCUUCUUCCCCAAAAUAUAACUCCGAACGAAAUCGGCCAACCCUUCUUAAUGACCUUUUCCCUCUUUUCUUCUCUUCCUUCUAGUUCUUCUUCUGUCUCGUCAGAGAUGGGACUACGCGAUCAAGCAACAAUUAGAAGUGAUUCAGGCUAUGGGGACGAUGCGUCCGAAGUGCCGCAAGACGGCCCCGAUGCGCACCCUUUGACUCUUAAGGGAUACGACAUUGGGCCAGCAUCCAAAUUACAAGUAGGCGACGUUUUCGAGUUUCUCUGGGCCGAUGCUCCAGAAUUCGAGUGGGAAUGGAAAUGCCUUGGAUACACUCGAUUCAUCGUCCUGCGUCAUAGCGACACAUUUCCUCAUCAUUGCGCAUGCAUACCCAUAUCAGUGGGCGGAAAACACGAGUUUGCCAAGCCUGGAAUUGAUCAUUUCCAGCAAGGGUACGUCUUCGCCAAUGGUGAUCCAGCACCAGAGAGUCCUCGCUUGCCCUACUCAGCCGUUGGAAUUGAACUGCGCCCGGGGAAGCUCCGCAUAAAAGAGGACUCUCGGGCAAAUUACGCUGAUAUCGUUGAUGUCGACCACGAUGCUCAAGUCAUGGUUGUUGGUGAUGUGGUGCGCUACUUCGACCGCGUCCGGAGGAAUGUCAACAAGGCCUUUAUGCGCCAGAUCCUGAGAAGGGCGCUGGAAGAGUACAAAACCAUCAAGGCAAGCGAAAUGGCAGCGGAGGGUAAUAAGAUUUCCAAAAUGCCCCAAUCAGCAACGACGGACGGAGAAGACACUCAGAUGAGCGCAUCGGAAAGCAUCCAAACAGAAGCGGCGAGCGUAAUCGGAGAAAGGAGACACGAAAGGGAAGAGAAGAGACAUCAUCGAAGACAUUCUGGAUCCAGUUCCGCCUCUCGGAGGAAAAGGAAUCAUUCACAAGCUAGCGUGAGGCCGCAACGAGAAAGUGUCCAAGAAAGUCGACCGGAGGGCCGAGGUGAUUUUGAUUACGAUGCGAGAUCCAUGCAUAAUGUUGCUAUGGCGGGAUUGAAAUAAAUAAAGAAAUGAAAGAAAUUUAAGGGAAAACGGAUGAAAUUUUUGAUUCUUGAAAUGAACCUACCCUGCAUGGAUCUGGCGUACGGCGAGGAGUAUAACUCAGAGGAAACGGGACUCGAGCAUUUCCAAUUGCAACAUAGACAAGGCUACAGGUCCAAAGUGUAUACUAUGAUUCUACGACUUUUUGAAGUCAGGUACAGUUAAACGACAAUACUUAUGAUGAUUUACGAUAAAUAGAAACCAUCUUAUUUACCCUCGAA